GUAAAACAGUAUUUGUGACGCGGUGCAGCGACGUGAGGAGUGAUAGAUGUAUUGUGUUGGUCAGAGUCUGUAAUGUUACUCAGUUCAUUGAGAAGUGGAUUUAACAGCACUUGAAGAUGUUGGUGGCGUUCGUGAUCCUCCUGCACAUUUCCCAGCAUGCCCUGGGUGUACAGGUGUAUGAGGGGGCAGAGUCAGUCCUGCUGCCCUGUCAGGUCAGUGUCUUUCUCACUGAGGAGUCCAUGGUGGUCUGGACCCGUGAAGACUUCAGAGACCCGAUUGUUCAUGCUCGUCAGCAGAGCGGAGACGUCCUCAGAGACCAGAACCAUCGUUACACCAACCGAACGUCGAUGAGGACGGACGCUCUGCAGACUGGAGACCUCAGCCUCACGCUGAGGAAUCCAACCUACAGUGACAGUGACACCUACACCUGCACCGUCACAGAGUUCGGAGAAGAACUGAGCCGGACUGAAGUACAACUGAGCGUCACAGCCUGGCCUGAGGUCUCCAAAGGUGUCCUGAUGUCCCUGCUCUCCCUGGUUGUCCUGAUUAUCAUCGCUGUUGUUGCCUUUGUCAGAAUGUAUAAAAAGAUUGACGAAGACUGUGCCAUACUUUUCACUAGUGUCAUGGUGACCCUGCUUCUUCUGGCUGCUUUUACCUGUUUCAUCAUAUAUAAAAAGACGAUGGAUGGAGAGGUUUCCCAGGAUGCUGAGUACGUGGAAUCAUUUGAGGGGGCAGAGUCGGUCCUGCUGCCCUGUCAGAUCCCUUCUCUUCCUCUGGACCCCACAGUGGUGUGGAGUCGCAACGAUCUCAGUCCUUCAACUGUCCACCGGCGUAAUGAGAGAGAGGACAUCUUUAAAAACCAGAACCAGCGUUACAGCAGCCGAACAUCGAUGAAGACUGACUCUCUGACAACUGGAGACCUCAGCCUCACUCUGAGUAAACUUCAGCUCUCUGACAGUGGAAACUACACCUGCUCCAUCACAGCGUUUGGAAACGAGAGGAGACUGAGAGACGUACAGCUGCAGGUCAAAGGAUCAAACACACUCCGAGUUGGAACCUGGGUUCUCCUGGGUCUCCAUGGUUUCUUUGGUGUCCUGGGUUUCCUGGGUUUCCUGUUUGUUCUUUUUUUAAUAUGUUUAUAUGUGGGUGAAAAGUACUACUGAGUGUGUUACAAUCUGGUCAGCUGAUCCACUGAAAUUGAAAGACACACACACACACACACACACAGACACACACGAGCAUUCUUCAUCAUCACUAAUGUAUCAGAACAUAACAUGGCAGUGAGCAUUGAUAUCAAUGCAGAUUGAAUAUUCUAAUUAAAAGACUUGCUGCUGUGUCUGGUCUGUUGAUGAAAUAAUGAGGAACUGCUCAUCAGUGAUUGGCUGAUCAUCAGCUGGUUCCUGAUUCCUUCCUCACUCGUUAAUGUUCAGGUUCAUGGAGAAACAGGUUUCAGGUUUCAGGUGUUCAGGGUUCAGAGUGGUCAGAAGUACGUGGACUGUCCUGGUGGAGGUCAGUCUGAUAUUAUUGUUCUUACCAGAACCUGAAACAGGCGUUUCCAUGGUGACGCAGUGGUUGUCAGUUUGGAUGGUGUGAACCACUGCAAAUGAAUAAACAUCAGUUUUCAAUGA